AUGCAAUUACCACGCAAAUUAGUUCUUGCUGGAGUUAUUCUUGGCAUUAUUCCAAUUGCACUGGGUAUUGUGGGACUCGUCACUAAACAUUGGCAUCGGUAUAACAACGUACAAUAUAAUCUUUUCGAUGUUAACAAUGCUAAUGCUGGCGAUACUAUUGAUUUUGGACUUUGUUUUAAACCUCCCAAGCAGAGUGCAAUUCAAGGUUUGGAAAUAGGUGGCGUCGCUGCUAUUGGCGUUGGCAUUAUAGCUACCGUUGUCCUGCACACGAUAGUUAAAAAUCGCUGGCUUCGAUUACUACCGCAAAUUCUACUAAUUCUUGGACCAAGUGCUAUAGUCAUUGGUCUUCUUCUGUUUCAAGAGUGUGUUACGGAGGCGGGUUUCGGAUGGAGUUUCAUAUUAAUGAUCGCUGCUGGUAUUAGUGGAUAUAUUGUAGCUAUUUAUUUAGCAGUGGUUACUGCUUGUGGCAAUCACCCAUAUCAUAAUCGUACUAGUUCAACUAUUAUUGUUCGAGAAUCAGUUCGAUUUUAG